AAUUAGUUGGAUAAUGAAGUCGAUGAAGAAUUAUGUUAAUCGAAAGGUAAUUCAAUAGUAACUUCUGUUUGCUGAUUCUUCACAUUGAUUAAGAAUAGAAAAAGAAAUAAUCACGUGACUGGAAUCAUAUGUUUUCUAUUCUGAAAAUUUUUCUCAUGUUUUCAUUGUUUUGAUUAUCACAAUUCUUAAUUUUCACUUUAAUUGUUCCAUCCAAUUAGCUAAUUAAAUUAAGUCAUCAUGUCUUUCAGAUAUUAUCCAAUGUAUGUUAAAGGUAAUCCACAAUUAAGAAUAUAUUUACCUAAUUUUUGGAUGAAAUUACUUAAACCAAAAGAAGGUGAUCCUAAAAAUGUGGUUACUUUUCGAGUCCCUGUUCAAAUGAAUGAUUUUGAUGUUAGAAAUUAUUUGGAAAAGAUUUACAAGUUACCUGUUGUUUCUGUUCAAUCGACUGUUAGAUGGGGAGAUAGGAAAAGAGCCAUUGGAAAAAACUAUCUAGUGAAAGAAGAUGAUUACCGAAUAGCUUAUGUUUCAUUACCAAAGGACAAAGAGUUUAAUUGGCCUAAUCUAUUUCCAGAGAAAAAGAUUGUCGAGGAAGAUGCUGAAUUUGUCAAUUACAAGAAACAAAUGGAAAAGGAAGCCAAUAAAAUAAGAAGGAAAAAUUGGGAUCGCCAUCAAGCACCAACCUGGUUUAGUUUCUAGUAUCAAAUAGUUAUCCUAAUAAUUAACGAGGCUCACCUUUGAUUGUUCAUAGUUAGUAACACCGAUUUGUAGUUGUGUGUAUUUAUCCACCACAACCCAUGUCAAUAUAUAUUUAAGUCUUAAUAUAAUUGAUACAAACAACUACAAGUCAUUAAACUUGUGUAACUCUAACUAAUUGUAAAGUGAUUAGGGAAAUGAUCCUAAUAGUUAUUGUAGACAAACACAAUUAUACCUUGACAAUCUUAAUCAACUUUAACUGAAUACCAAGGACAAUAACCUUGA